AACAAUGUUUAAGCGCUGAGGAGUGAAAGACGGGACCGAGCCGAGCUGUGGGGAACGAGUACGGAGAAGAAAAGACAGAGCGGGGGAGCGGCGGAACAACGCGGGCCUGCUGAAGGAUGACCGUGGUGGACGUGUGUUAAACUCCAUUAUCUGGCGUCACUCGGUCUUCACCAUGAGCCUAAUCCAGGACAAGUUGGGCGGCGAGUUCCUACGCCCAGGUGGGGGCAUGGACGCCGGCUUCGGCCCGGGCAUGUUAAUGUUCAGCCACCUGCCGCCUGUCACCAGCUUCACCCGCCUGGCAGGCCAGAGCGUCAUGGCCGAACUGCAGCCGCACGAGCUCAUCCUGAAGAAGGAGCGGCACUCGCCCGACUGCAGCGCAGACACAGGAGGAGGGGGAGGGCUGCCCGACGGCGUGGGCAUGAUGCACGGUGCGGUCAACUACUUGCCCGCUAUGGGCAUUAAACAGGAGAAGGUGUCUGAACUAGACUACAGGUUGCCCUUGUACUCAGGUGAUGCAGGACAGGCUGGUACUGAGCUGCUGGAUAUGACGUUGAGCAACCAUCAGAGCUUGCUGGUGCAUGACCUCAGCAUGGGAAACCUGUCAGGGAGGCUGGGAAAGGACUCCUCAGAAAAGAAAGGCCGAAGGUCAAAUGGUGAAGGACAGGAAGGCAAGAUGCGACGGAAACGAGGAGAAUCUAAGUCUAUGAUGCUGGAUCCAGAUGGAGAAACGGCAUCUCCCAGCUCCAAACCACACAUCUGUGAGCACUGCAGCGCUGCUUUCCGAAGCUCCUACCAUCUCCGCCGACACGUUCUCAUCCACACAGGUGAGAGGCCAUUCCGGUGUAGUCAGUGUAACAUGAGCUUUAUUCAGAAAUACCUCCUCCAGAGACAUGAGAAAAUCCACAGUGGAGAGAAACCGUUCAGCUGUGAUCAGUGCAACAUGCGCUUCAUUCAGAAAUACCACAUGGAGAGACACAAACGAACACACAGUGGAGAAAAGCCAUACAAGUGUGACACCUGCCAACAGAAUUUCUCCCGGACAGACCGGCUGUUGAAGCACAAGCGGACGUGCGGAGACACUGCAAGGAAAGGUUUGGACGGUGAGGAGCUCGAGUUUGGCAGUGAGGAAGAAGGUGGGCACGGCAGCUACUCAAUCACUCAGGGAAACGUGGGCACCCCCGGGCGCAAGCGGGGCAAGUCUAAAACGGGUGGCGUGGGCGGCAGGCGCAGGAAGGCUCCAGCGCCCUCGCACAGUCAGGAAACGGAGGGUUACGGCCUGCACGACUUUAGCACUGUGGACAACCAUGGACUCUCUUUAUCUUCAUCCUCGGAGGUCCAGCCCGGGCCCAGCAUGCACGCCGAACCUGGCCAAGCGCCUAAAAUGGCUUUUAAGAAGGGUCACAGGAAGGGCUUGGAGAAGAACGGUGAGUCCAAGCCCGACAGCGUGGUGCUGACCGGUAAUGCUGCUUUGGACGAUAUGAGUCUCAUGCAGAGCACCAAGGCAGAACAGAACAGUAGCAACUACGACGAUGCCAUGCAGUUUUUAAAGAAGCGGCGCUACCUGCACACGGCCAAUAACGGAGCUGCAUCCACUGGAGCGCCCGGUUAUGACGUGGGUGUCGGCCACAUGCAGCCCCAGCCCGUAGUCGUUCAGUGUGCCGUUUCCGGGGUGAUGGAUGGCGACACUUCUUUAGGACUCCUCGACUCAUCGGCUUUGGGUGACAUCAAGCCGGACAAGUUGACCAUCCCGGACGAUGUGCUGCACAGCCUGCUGGAACACUACGGCUACAAGUCCGACAUGAAUUUCGAUUUAUCCCACGUGGACCUGGAGCCAGGGGUGGCAGAGGGAGCGGACUCUCUGGGUCCUGAUGCCAACCCAGGUGGUGGGGAAAGAACAUCCAUAAUGCAGGAAUACUCGCGCUUCCUUCUGCAGGCUCUGGAGCGAACGAGUCACAACGGUGGCUUCGUCCUCGGCCCGACACCUUCCUCGUCCUCUUCCUCCUCAAGUGCCGUAGUGUCCUUCCCUACCUACACCACCUCCCCUAUGGAGUUUUCCUUCGGUAUGCCACCUUCGUCCUCCUCCACGACUCUUAAUCCGGCCCCGAAGUCCCACUUCGGCCUGCUAGGAAGCUCUUCGCCUUUGCAGGGCUUCCAUCAUCUUCCAAGCGGCCUGGAUCACACGGUGCACUCGCAAUCCCAAUCCCAGCAUCCCCAUCAACAGCUCACGCCAUCGCAGGAGCUCACAGAACAGCUAGGGAAGCCACACACCACCUCCCCUCCCGCUCCCCCCCACACCCCUAACUCCAACACCUACCAGAUCCUAGCGCCACCCACUGACCUCAGCGUCCAGAAAAAUGGCCAGGUUUCGAAAAACGACGCCACUGGCUUCCCUGUGAUCCCGACCAAGGGCUCAUACCAGAUUGAAAACUUUGCGCAGGCGUUCGGGGGGCAGUUCCAAGGUGGACGCAGACCACUCGGCUUCGGUACGGAUUCGGGUGUGGACGUGGAGCAAUUCUCAGGGUACAGCAGCCUCUUGGCUGACGUAAGUGACGCCAAAAGUCCACCGAGCCAAAGCUACGAGUAAAGCGGCUGCAGAGCUUACGCCUUCACGUCUUCUGCUAUUUUGUCCUUUCCUGUAUCAUAUUAAUGUUAUUAUUAUUAUUGUUAUUAUUAUUAAUUAUUUAGUUAUUUUAUUAUUAUUUUUGUAUUGUUUUGA